ACACGGAAAGCCAUCCUCAAAUUAAAGACAGGAGGUGAAUGAGGUUUAUGCAAAUUGAACGAAAUAACCAUAUAUCUGUUGGUUGACCUUACGGUUUAUUCCGCAAAGUUGCGGGACAGAAUUCUUUCUAAAGCCAGCUCGUUUGAUUCACUAGUGCAGAGUCAUGACUGACAAAUUCGCUGAAAAACAUUACUUUUUUAAGUGGAGAACCUGUAAACUGAGUCGGUGAGGAGCACCGUGGUAUGUUUGUUGAUAGCCCAGGGCAAGACGAGAAGUAAUCGAGUUCUGCCACCAGCAUAGCGGAUAUACAUCUUGCUAAAUAUUAGUAGCAAACUAUGGGAAGGAACUUUUUAAUCAAGACCCUGUGCCUUGCUGUUGUAAAUUAUCAGUAAUUUUGUCUACAAAUAUAUAACUUGUCAUUCAAGAAAUGAUGAAAAAGCUUUAACCCAAAUGCCAUUAGUUAGAUAAGUAGUUGAAAAUCAAAACAAAAACCAAUGGAAAAGCAACCUGGAGCUAGGACCUCUCGUUUAGCGAAGCAAGAAGAAAUCGAACUGGAAGAAGAUGAAGGUUGUAUCAACCCUGUACCAGUGAUGAUUCAUAUUGAAGAUAGAGGAGGAGGAAGAGAAACAGAGAAUCAAGAGGAUUCAGAUGGAGGAGGGGAGGAUGAUGGUAUUGGAAGUGAUGGUGAUGUUUCUUCUCGUACGCAUAGUUCACCCGGACCAGGCUCUAGACAAUCACCCGUAUCUGGAUAUGUGGGAAAAGAAAAAAAGGCACAAUCCAAGGCUCACCAUCGAGUCAAGUUGCUGGUACGUAGUCAGGCUGUGCGUGAUGAUACCUCACCACCUCCAGAUCCAGAGGUUUUGUCAGCAAACAACAAUAUGUUGACUGUGACCAGUGCUUCAACUCUUACCAUGCAGUCUAAAGGCUCAACAACCAAGCAACAGAAGCUAGGAAAACAAGGAAGUUCACAAGGCAGUGUAGACAGCUGUUCCAGUCUGUCAAGAGAUUCCAGCACAGAGACAUACACAGAUUCUACUGGUAUUGACCUGCAACAGUUUAUUACCAACACCUUACACAAGAAUCAAAAAGAUCGUAUGAUGUUACUUAGGAUUGAGCAGGAUGUAACAACCCUGAUAAAAGAUAACAAGCGCCAGUCUCACAAAUUUCCACAGAUGAGCUCCUAUCAUCGUAUGCUUGUCCACAGAGUUGCAGCAUUCUUCGGUCUCGAUCAUAAUGUAGAUCAAAAUGGAACUGCUGUUAUUGUUAAUAAAACCAAAAACACAAGAAUACCAGAAACUAAAUUUCAAGAUCAUAUACGGGAUGAGCUCAUACCCUUAGAACCAAAGAAGUCUAUUCUAAAGCGAGACAGUGCCUCUUUUGAAGAAGGAAAGGAGGUAGGGACAUUUUACAUUGUUUCUUGA